GCCGACAACGUCGCAUUUUAUGUCAACAACAAAAAGAUAAACAUAAAUUUUUCUGCAACAUUUUAGUUUGCGUUUUGAUGCCAUCUAUAAUGAAAGAUAUGAAUACCAGCGGUGAUAAUCUUAAUCCGACCAACAAACCUAAGCCCAAAGCGACGCGACCCAAGCCAGUUUACUUAUGGACCACAUCUGAUGUUCAAAAAUGGUUUCGACGUCAUUGCAGCGAUUUUUACACAGUGUACAGUGACUUGAUGAUUCAGCACGGUAUAUGUGGAAGAGCAUUGUUAAGAAUGAAUGACAUUUCCCUCGAGAGGCUUGGCAUUCACAAUGCAGAUCACAGAGAAGAAAUCUGGCGUCAAAUUACAAAACUUCGACUGAAAGCAGACAUUUUAGAAAUGAAAGAUAUGGAAAGGCGUUCUGAUCUUAACAACUAAUUGUCCAUAACUCCAUUGAACAAUCAACCAAUUGUGUUCCACUCUUCACUGUAACAGUUGCUGUGUUAUUUAGGUUUUAUUUUGAAUGCCAACUGAUCUGGUCUGUGUAUCUCUCGACUGAUGGUAUAUAGUUUGUUUCUAAUAAAUGUAAAUAAUUUUGAA